AAGUCUCCUGAAGGAUAUAUUCUUAAAUGUUAAUACGAUACGAGUUGGUUUUCUCGAGGUUUAUUUCUGAUGAUAGCAUAUCACUGGUUGUCAUUUUGUGAUGGUAUUUUGACAGAUUGUUCAUCGUUGCAAAUAGUAGAUGUACCGUUCUCUGCACUUAUUGAGUGGGCAACAGAAAACUGACAACCCCAGAGGAAAAAAAGAUCACAUAAGAAUACAUACUUAAAUAUUAAUAACAAGAUGGACACGUAUGAUUAUGUAUAUAUUGCGAUCAUAUCAGCAUGUUAUAUGGUUUUACGAAAACGUAAAGGAAAUAAGAAAAAACGAUUAUGGGUACGACCCAUAAAUGUACGUCGACCGUUGUUUGAGGAUUUCCAGCAUCUUUUUCAAGAAUUAAAAGAAGAUGAGAAAAUGUUUUUUAAAUACACAAGAAUGAACAUUCAUACUUUUAAUAAAUUAUUAAAUAUAUUGCGACUUCACUUACAAAAGAUACAUUGGAGAGCAUUAUCCGCGGAACACCGCCUUAUCAUUAUGCUUCGAUUUCUUGCAACAGGAGAUCAAAUAUCUUCAAUUGCAUUUGCGCAUCGAAUAGGGGAAUCAACUGCUUAUAAAGUUAUCAAAGAAACAUGCGCAAUAACAAUGAAAGUUUUAAGUCCCAUAUAUUUAUACAAAGGCAUAAAUUUGCAUUAAUCUAAAUAUUUAACAAUACUUGUCAUAUAUCCAGGUUUAGAUUCAGGUUUAGAUUCAAGUAUAAAAUUCAUAGGAGAUCUGCGUUGGUUACAUUUGUCUAUGUCAGAAGCACAAGUAUCAGUAUAAUGUGAAUGUGACGUAGAGAAAAAUCGAGAGUGUGAUGUAGAAGACAUAGAUGAAUUGGAAGAAGCUGUUUCUGUUGAUUUCCGCUCAGUCCUUAAUGCUUUAUUGGACAUUUUGAUGAUAGUAUUAUCUUGAUUAGUGCUAGAUUGAUUUUUAUUUCUUAAUA